GUCUGUGGCAUAAAUAUGUAUUUAAAAAAAGAGGACAGUUAACAGCUCACUAUACGUGUUGACACAGCAGACAUGAAACCAACUACAUGUAGCUCUGUUAAUUCCUGCGAGUGUGAAUUAGAAUGAAAUAUCAUAGAAUUCUUGUUGCCGAUUUAUCAUGAUGAUGACGAUGAGGACAUAUCUGUUACCGGCUAUUGCUCUAUUUUGGGCCAGUUUUGGCAGCACUGGCUCCCUUAAAUGCUUCACUUGUAGUUCAGACGUCAAGGCCAACUGCAGGGAUCCGUUCUACAACGUGAGUGUCGACAUGCCCUCGUGCGGCUAUGAAAUAAGCCAAGGAGUUUGUACGAAAAUGAUAACUGCAGAAGACGUCGUGAUCCGAGGCUGCGGGCUGAAGACCUCCUGUCCUGACACGGGCGACAACGGCUGCGAACAAACCUCGGGAACCACGAGGUGUUGUUGCAAUGAGGAUGGGUGCAACAGCGCCACCACGCGGAUCGUAGACUACUUGGUCCUUACCGCGGCCGUAACGUUCGCCGCAGUGGUUGUCAAUGUUGAACUACUGUGAUGUGAAUCUGCUUACAAAUACUCCCUUGAAAAAUGGAGUAACUUUAAUCUCGAAUACAGUCCUGCGAGACUGGAACCUUUACGCAGAGUUUUGAAAAAAAGGCAUGCCUUAGGCCAAAAAAAAAAAGUCUCCGGUUUCUGGUAUGCG